AUGAAGGAACUUAAAUUAUUUUUGAGGAAAAGCGAAAAACCUCUUCAACAAGUUAUAAACCGUUAUUAUGAAAAAUAUAAUUCUAAACAAGGAAAUGAUAAUUAUAUAGAGGUCCCAUUUGAUCAACCAAUAUUAAGAAAUGAACAUACAAACGGUCCAUUAAUUAAAAACAUAUCUGGGUCUCAAUAUUAUACAUUUUUAUUUAAAAGCAUAUCAUUAAGUUUAAAAAAAGAAAAAGACAGUUAUUUUCUUACUACAAAUAAUGAAAUUGUAAAAUGUCUAAAUAUUGUACAAAAUGACAUAGGACAUGUAUUACUAAUUGGAAAAUAUUUUAAAGAGUUAAAUCCAUUAUUUGACAAUCCUAUAAAUUCCUCAAUAUUAGACAUAUUUGAAAUAAAUAACAUAUCUAAAAGAAUGAAGUAUUGGUCAGUAUCUCAAAUAAAAAAAAAAAUGAUGGUAUUCCUACAAAAUACAAAAUUGAUUGCUAUUCCCAUCAUACACACUGAUCAGAAUUAA